AAGCAUUUGAGACGUUAUAAAUACAGCCAGCUGGCGUCUCUUGACCAAGUGUGCGCUUGGACGCCAUUGUGACAACACCACGCACGAAAAACAUUCAGUGACAUGUUUGCUAUCAAGGCGAUUCUGAUCAGCGCGGCGUGCGCGUGCGCAUAUACGCAGUCCCACGGGCCAACAACGACGCCGGUGCCGAUCCUGAAACAGAUAAACAGGCAGAACGACGACGGCUCAUACAGCUUCGGCUAUGAAGCAGCAGACGGAUCCUUCAAGAUAGAAACCAAAUAUCCCAACGGGGAUGUAGCCGGGAAGUACGGCUACUUAGACGACACGGGGAAACUGAGGGAGGUGUCCUACGGAGCGAGCAGUCAGAGAGGAUUCGAACCGGAAGGCACCGGAAUUAUGGUUCCUCCACCGACCUUAAACGACCCGAAGACCAGCGCUUUGGCCGAUGGCCAGGAAGACGAUGGACAAUACCGUGAGGAUCCUCGCAUUUACGAGGACCAGAAGUACAACGGGAGACAAGCGAGGCCGAGCUCCAUCAGACAGUACCAGCCAGAGAGACAGCAGUUCACGUCCAGCUAUAGCUCACAGCCACAACAAGAAAGCGUAUAUCAGCCACAACCAGCGUACCAGCAGCAGCGAGCCUACCAGCCAGCUUACCAGCCACAACCAUCCCCACAACCACAAUACCAGCCACAGCCACAAAGACCUCUAUUCUCCCAACAGACAAAUCUCUUCAACCAAGCUCCACAAACAUUCCCUCAAUCAGACUUGAGGCCUCAGAGCCAGGUGUAUCACCAACAACCCCAGUUCUCAUACCAGGCGUACACUCCCCAGCCCUACCAGAACUACCAGUCCCAGGGCUACCAGUCCCAGAACUACCAGAAUCCACACCAGAACUUCAACCCGUUCUCGGGACACCCCGCCCAAAACUUCGAUCCCAACACAGGCUCAUAUUCCAUCAACUUCACUGGCUAACUAACACUUGUACCCUGUUAUACUUUUUUACUUAGUGAUAAAAACUGUUUGUAAAAUAUAAUUUUAGGAGUAAAUUAACGAAUCUUAAAUAUUUAUAUAACUUUUUAAACAAAAAAUAUUCGUCGACUCUUAGUUCAGACGGAGCUGGUUAAAUAAAACAUCUCUAACGUGACUGCUUGAGCUACAUCCUAGGACGGUAUGUUUAGUCCGUGUUUGCAUCGGCAACUUGCAUACUUAUAGUUUUAAGGUAAUUGGAGUUGAAGACGAGAACUUCGACUAAGCACACAGCUCGCUUCAUAAAAAGUCUACCUACCCACGUGACAACUGAAGGAGACAGCUAAGAUUUAAAUUCAGAAAACUUAGAUUUGAAAUUUAUGAUUUUGUAUUAAACGUUACGCUGACGAGUUCUUAUUAAAAUAAACCAAAUAUAAUAUGCUUAGUAUAUUAGUACUCGCGUGUACGAUGUGUAGAAGUAACUUAGUGGUACGAUAUUAGUUAUAUGCUAGUCAUUAUACUGAAAUGUUAUAUUGGUACUGUGAGCUUUAGCUAUGUAAACAUUAUAUACACACACACACACACACACACACACACAUAUUUAUAUAUAUAAGUACAUUUAUAAUACAGCAGUGAAGUAGAUAUUUAUGUAUUUAUGUAAGUCUAUACGUAUUUUAUACAUAUUUUACAUACAACCUAUAUAUUUAUGUAUAGAUAUAAUAUUUAUUCCAUGUACAUUUCAUUAUAUAUAUAUAUAUAUAUAUAUAUAUAUUAACGUAUACAUGGUAUCGUAGAGCGUCCACGUCGUCUCUUACAAAAUGGACGUCAAACUAAAAUGUCGGCACGUGUACUGAUUGUAAAUAAUAUAAUAAAAGAUUACAUAAC